GAUUCAUUAAAAGAACAUCUGGAAAUUCAAAGUUAAUAGAGAAAAAGAACCUACCAGCUAUGAAAAAACCCAUAUUACAUGACUUGUCUGCUGACACAAAAGAAUGGUCUUCGGUCGAAGGUAGAAAGUUCAUGACAAAUAAUUGCAAGCUUAUCUUACAAGUUCCCAGUCUGACAGAUGAAGAAAGCUCCUUUAACAAAAUGGUUGAGAAU